GGGGAGAAAAUAGCGAGAGAGGGAGUAGGAUCCAGGAAGGUGUAUAGGUGUAUAUCGGCCUCGUCUUCCUCGCGUGCGAAACCGAAAGGGUAGGUAGUACACUUGUGAAGUUGUGCGCGUGUUACACGCCGUUAGAGUUCAAUUCCUCUUUCUGCGCAUACGUGUUAUCCUGAUAUUACCUUUCGUCCUUGUUCGUGUGAUAACGCGCGUAUGCAACGAUAGGGCCUUGGAAUAUUAGAUUUUUUCAAUAACGCAUGUAGUCAAUUUCAAGUAAGUGUAGGGUAAAAUAAGGGACGACAAAGAAGAACUCAUAGAGAAAAAUUCGUAAACUAGCGUGUAUGUUGGCGGCAACAGCGCGAUAGUAACGAUAAUAACGACGAAGAGACGACGAUCGCGGCGACGUCAACGGACAACGACGAUAAUACAACGUUAAAUCGGUGUGAGCGCGCGCGCGCGCGCUUGCCUCUCCUUUGUUAGUAUAUGUGUAUUACCUGUGCUUGCUUGCUUGCGCGUGCUCUUCUAGAAACGCGUGCACGUGUAUGUGCGUUAGAGUUGACUGAUAGGUACGCAUGAGGUGAGGUGAGGUAAAGUGUGGUGAAGUGAGGUGAAGUGAGGUGAGGUGUGCUGAGGCGAGAGGCAUAUCGAAGGGAAAAGAGCGAAGAGAGUGAAGUGACCAAACCUGCAACGACGACGACGACGACAACUUUACUAUCGUUGCGCUGUGUGCCAAGAAGAGAGAGAGAGAGAGAAAGAAAAUAAAAGAGAGAGAGAGAGAGAGAGAGACGCGCCACGAUUUCCAUUGGGGAAGGAAAAGCCUUGAAAAGAAAGCGUGUGAGCGAGAGAAGGCGAUAGAAAAGCAUUGUAAAGCAAUCAAAAGGUGAAACCCGAGAGCUGGACCCUUCGAGUUCGACGAGUAACGGAACCAACAGCUGAAUAAGAACUAUACAAUAAAAGACUAAAUUUGACGAUAAAAGUGUGUAAAAAAGAAAACAACAUAUGAAAAAAGGAAUACUAAUAUGAGGAUGCGCGUUGGGAACGGCGCGGCUCUGUUCUUUCUACAAUUCGUUGUCGUACCAUGAGGCAAAGCGUCUGCGCCUCGAUCGUUUAGUUGUAAAACGCAGUCAGAGACGCCAACGAUAAAGAAAAAUAAGUAACACGAAGAGAAGAAAAUUCCCUGAAAAGCUUACCGAUACCUGCUGCGCUUGUUAUUCUUCUUUUUCUUCUUCGUUACGUCCUUCCGUUUAUCAUACGCGCGACUUUUUCUUCUUUUAUUUCCUUUUAGAAUCUUACCUCUCUUUCUUUUCUUAGUCCCUUCCCCCACUCUGUGCCCAUUUUCACGGAGAUACGAAGGUAGCCAAGAGCGCGUCCGCUUCCUCCUCUUCCUCUCCUCUUUCCCUUCCCUUUCUUCUCCCACCUCUCUUUCUCUUUUUCUCUCCCCUUCCGCCACACUUCUCUUCCUCCUGUUCGUUCGUACGAUACCUGCAGCAGACAGACAUUGCUCACUUCUCGACUUGACGACGGUACUGUGUUUAUGCUGGAAGGAUUGGCAAAUCACGAUGUACACGAAGACAAAGGGGUCCAGCGUACCAUCGGAUGCUCAAGCCAGAGAAAAAUUAGCUUUGUACGUAUACGAGUACCUUCUUCAUGUUGGCGCACAAAAAGCAGCACAAACAUUUUUAUCAGAGAUUCGAUGGGAGAAAAAUAUAACGCUUGGAGAACCACCUGGGUUUCUGCAUUCAUGGUGGUGUGUCUUUUGGGAUCUAUACUGUGCUGCACCUGAACGACGAGACUCAUGUGAACAUAGUAGUGAGGCCAAAGCUUUUCAUGAUUAUGGAUUUGUAAACAGUGGAUAUGGUGUUAAUGGGAUUGCACAUAAUGCUGGCCCAGCGCCAUCCCCAAUUGGGCAGAUGCCACCAAAUGAUGGUAUGCCUGGCGGUCCAAUGCCUCCAGCAUUUUUCCCUAACAACUCGACAAUGCGACCAUCUCCGCCCACACACCCCUCAUCACAGCCAUCCCCCCAGCACCCCCAGCCACCCCCGCCCCCACACUCGCAGAUGAUGUCCACUCAGUUUAUGGGCCCAAGGUAUCCCGCCGGUCCACGUCCAGGAGUUCGUAUGCCACAAAUGGGAAAUGAUUUUAAUGGGCCACCUGGACAACCAAUGAUGCCAAAUAGUAUGGAUCCUACUAGGCAAGGCGAAGCUGGAGAAUUUGUAGGGUGGCAAGGGCCGCCAGGAAUGAAUCCUAUGAACCCACGGAUGAAUCCACCACGAGGUAUGGGUCCAAUGGGACCUGGAAGUUACGGUCCUGGAAUGCGAGGGCCACCUCCUAAUAGUAGUUUAGGACCAGGUGGUCCAGGAGGUCCUGGUAUGCCUCCUAUGAGUAUGGCAGGACCUGCUGGAAGACAACAAUGGCAACCAAACACGUCAACGCCGAUGAAUUAUUCGUCAUCAUCACCGGGUAACUAUGGAGGCCCACCAGGUUCGAGUGGUCCUCCGGGACCAGGCACGCCGAUUAUGCCCAGUCCUCAGGAUAGCAGUAAUAGUGGCGGAGAAAAUAUGUAUACCAUGAUGAAACCCGUACCUGGAGGAAACAUGCCUGGAGUAAGCAUACGAGAUUUUCCGAUGUCUGGUGGUCCGGAAGGUGGCCCAAUGGGACCUAUGGGUCCUAAUACAAUGGGUCCAGUUUUAAAUGGUGACGGUCUUGAUGGAAUGAAGAAUAGUCCAGCUAAUGGCGGACCAGGAACACCACGAGAAGACAGCGGAAGUGGAAUGGGUGACUAUAAUCUGGGUGGUUUUGGAGGACCUGGAGAGAACGAUCAGACCGAGUCGGCGGCCAUCCUGAAGAUCAAGGAGAGCAUGCAGGAGGAAGCGAAGAGGUUUGAAAAGGACUCGGACCAUCCCGAUUAUUUCAUACAAUAACUUUUCACGUGUCGUUGGAAAGAUCCCGAGACCAAACUAAAUAAUCGAUUUUAAAUUGCGCAAAAGAAACCAAACGAAAGAAAAAAAAAGUAAAAAAAAAAGUAAAAAAAAAAAAAAAAGAAAAAAGAAAGAAAGAAAGUACACAAAACGCAACGCACACACGUAAUACACAGAGACAGACAGA